AUGGCGCCUCAUAUACAAGAUGUGACGUACGCAUCCUCAAUCUCCUCACCAGAGGAGUUUUGGAUGCAUCAAGCGUCCCAACUGCACUGGGACUCCCCUCCGACCCGAGCCCUCGAGAAAUCCACCCGACAACUGCAAGAUGGCACCACGCACCAGUCCUGGUCUUGGUUUCCAGACGGCGAUAUCAAUACCUGUUACAAUUGCGUGGAUAGGCAUGUGCAGAAUGGCAAUGGUGACACAACGGCGGUGAUUUGGGAUAGCCCGGUCAGCGGGAAUAAGCAGCGAUUCACCUAUCGGGAGGUUCUCCAUGAGGUCGAGACUUUGGCCGGCGUGCUACGCGAAGAGGGGUUGAAGAAGGGAGAUGUUGUGUUGAUAUACAUGCCGAUGAUCCCCGCCGCCCUCUUCGCAAUGCUCGCCACCGCUCGUCUCGGAGCGAUCCACGCGGUCGUGUUUGGAGGAUUCUCAUCGCCAGCGCUCGCCCAGCGGAUCGACUCAUCUCGACCGAAAGUGGUCAUGACCGCGUCUUGCGGCAUCGAAGGGACGAAAGCACCCUUGGCGUACCGGCCGCUCGUCAACGCAGCGAUACAGAAAGCUACACACAAGCCAUGGCGAACGAUCAUCUGGCAGCGUGACCAACUACGAUGGGACCCGCUCGCAAGGGAAUAUGGGGAGCGGAAUUGGAAUAGGCUGGUCAAGAGCGCACGCAACCGAGGCCUCAAGGCCGGUUGUGUACCGGUCAAGAGCACGGAUGGGCUGUAUAUCAUAUAUACGAGCGGUACAACCGGGCUUCCUAAAGGCGUACUCCGCGAGAAUGGCGGUCACGCAGUUGGUCUCCACCUUUCGAUCAAAUAUCUGUUUGGUAUCCAUGGACCAGGAGAUGUCAUGUUCUGUGCGUCCGACGUCGGCUGGGUGGUCGGUCAUUCGUUCAUUCUAUAUGCACCGCUUCUCGUCGGAGCAACCACCGUUUUGUUCGAAGGCAAACCAGUGGGGACGCCAGAUGCGGGAACGUUUUGGCGUAUCAUAGAAGAAUACCAAGUGAACGCCCUCUUUACGGCCCCGACUGCGCUGCGGGCGAUCAGACGAGAUGAUGGCGAUAAUGAGUUCGUCGAGAGCAUCGGUCGCCGUGGAGGGCUGAAGAGCCUCCGGGCGGUGUUUCUGGCUGGUGAAAGGAGCGAGCCGAGCAUCGUAUCGAUGUACAAGCAUCUUCUCGAAAAGCAUGCCGCUCCCGGCGCGACGGUCAUUGACAAUUGGUGGUCAUCGGAAUCGGGAUCUCCAAUCACUGGCAUCGCGCUGUCGCCAGCGGCGGGAGUAGACUACACGUCCACCGUCCGCCAUAAGCCGCUUCCAAUCAAGCCUGGCUCGGCUGGGAAGCCGAUGCCUGGUUUUGACGUCCGAGUGGUGAACGACGAUGGCAAGGAGGUCCCGCGAGGGACUAUGGGAAACAUCGUUCUCGGUGUCCCGCUGGCACCAACUGGAUUUACGACGCUAUGGGACGACGAAGAUAGGUUUUACAGAGGUUACCUGAAGCGAUUUUCAGGCAAGUGGAUUGAUACAGGAGAUGCCGGCAUGGUUGACGAGGAUGGAUACGUCCAUGUGAUGUCGCGGUCAGAUGAUAUUAUCAACGUUGCAGCGCACCGCUUCAGCACGGGAUCGAUCGAACAAGCGAUCACAUCUCACCCAGAGAUCGCGGAAGCCUGCGUUGUGGGCGUCCCCGAUGCGCUGAAGGGUCACCUCCCCUUUGGAUUCAUUACGCUCAAGACACACAACCAUCCCCACGACGCCGUACCCGAUGAGAACUUCUUCAAAGAAGUUCAGAAUGGUAUCCGCGAGCAAAUUGGACCCAUCGCCUGCCUCGGAGGUAUGAUCCAAGGCAAGGGAAUGAUCCCCAAAACCCGGAGCGGAAAAACAUUGCGACGGGUCCUGCGUGAGCUGGUUGAGAACGCCGUCCACGGCGAUUUUGACAAGGAAGUGCAAGUCCCUUCCACUGUCGAAGACUUGGAGGUGGUCAAUGUGGCGCGUGAGAAGGUUCGAGAAUACUUCCAGGCGAAAGGGAAGGAGAUUCACAAAGCCACCGAGGUUCGAGCGAAGCUUUGA